UCUUGAAGAUCUGGUUGUUCAUCUUCGGAUUGAAGAGGACAAUCAGAAGUCUUCGGGGAAGUCCCCGAUGAUGGAAGCUCGUGCCAACUUGCUAGAGCAAGGCAACUCGAGCAAAAGGAAGCCCCCUAACAAAGGGAAGCAGCAGCCUGUCAAAGUGUGGAAAUUUACUGCAAAUUGCCACAACUUUGGAAAGCCGAACCAUAUGGCUAAGAACUGCAGGAAGCCUAAAAAGGCUGGUCUGAAGAAGGCACAACAUGGUGCCCUCAUUGCUGAACACGGCCCUGUGCUGAGUGAACUAACCGAUAUGGAUAUCUCGGCUGUGGUGUUUGAAGCCAAUUUGGUGGAUAACCUAAGGGCGUGGUACAUUGAUACUGGUGCCACUCGACACGUGUGUUCUGACAAGGGGUUGUUUUCUGAAUACACUCCUUCAAAUGGUCGGAAGCUCCACAUGGGCAACUCCUCCUCGUCUGAUGUGGCUGGAGUUGGCAUCGUGGUGCUGAAGCUGACUUCUGGAAAGGAGUUAAAGCUUAAGGAUGUGCUGCAUGUCCCAGACAUCCGCAAGAAUUUGGUCUCCGGAUCUCUUCUUGUAGAGCAUGGUUUUAAGUUAGUAUUUGAAGCUAAGAAGUUUAUUCUUAGCAAGUAUGGUAAAUUCCUUGGUCGUGGCUAUCUCGACAAUGGUUUAUUUAAAAUGAAUGUAAUGGCUGUGAGCCGUGUAACCGUUUCCAAUGAUAAUGAAAAUCGUACUUCU